AUGGUGAGGUUUGGAUGGACGACCAAUCUCUCGCGUCACGCGACCUGCAACACCUCGCUUUCAUUGCGAAUCGCAUCAUUUGUAAAGUCGCUCAAGGAAAUUUCCUUCCAGCUGAAUUCAGAGGACGAGAUGACGCCAAGCGUGUACAAGGAACGUGCCAGAACGGCUUUCGAUUACGCUGACGUAGACUCCAUGGGUUCGUUGACCAAACAACAAUACAAAAUAGCGAUGACGGCUGUGUUCGGAUAUCGUCCGGAUAAAGUGGAGGUAAAACAAGUUUUUCAAUCCACUGAUAGAGUCUCUUAUGAAGAGUAUGAAAGAUGGGUAUUUAAAAAAUGUCUCACCAGUGACUUACAGAUUAACGCGGAAAUAAUAUUUGCUCUGUUAGAUAAGGAUUAUAAAGGGUAUUUAAUUUUGGAUGACUUCUAUUCUGGAAGCAAAUCUGUUGAUCUGAAGGUACCAUCAACCGUAUGGCAAACGAUAUUCAAGAAUCUAGAUCGUUAUAAAAAAGGAUACAUAGAGUUCGAUGAAUUAUCACGUGUAUUACCGGCAGUAUAA